CCCCUCUCUCGGGCGUGACGUCAUGGAGGGACACUCCACGCGACAAGUGUAGACAAGAUGGCGCGCGCUAAUGUGCCACAGAAGUAACCAGCGCCAGCUUGACGAAGAAUCAGAUUACCCAUCAUGCCUUGGGAGGAGCUGGUUUCACUGCUGGCUGGCGUCCCAAUGGUGAUGUGAAGAGGGCGGUGACUGACUGUGAUGGACAGGUGUAAGCACGUGGGUCGCUUAAGGCUCGCGCAGGACCACUCGAUCCUGAACCCGCAGAAAUGGCACUGUGUGGACUGCAACACCACCGAGUCGGUGUGGGCAUGUCUCAGCUGUUCGCAUGUAGCGUGUGGACGCUACAUAGAAGAACAUGCGCUUCAGCACUUUAAGGAGCAGCACCACCCACUGGCCCUGGAGGUGAAUGAACUGUAUGUAUACUGCUACUUAUGCGAUGACUACGUGCUGAACGAUAAUGCGACGGGUGACUUGAAGCUGCUGCGUAGCACGCUAAGUGCCAUUAAGAGCCAGUGCUAUGAAGUCACUACGCGCAGUGGCCGCACUUUGCGCUCGUCCUCCGCCGCAGGAGACCAGUUGUCGCCUAGCACGCAGGAGCUGCAGUUGCGCGACGAGGACCGCAUGUUCACGGCGCUGUGGCACCGCCGUCGUGCCCUGAUCGGCCGUGUGUUCCACUUGUGGUUUGCACAGACGGAAAGGGGGAGGAAGCAGUUGGAGGAGGAGCGGCAACAGGAGGAAGAGGAGGAGAGGAAGCGGGAGGCACGGGAAAGAAGGCGGCAACUCAAACGGCAACUCAAGGAGGAGCUAGAAAGUGCUCCUCCAAGGAAGAGCCAUCGCAUUCAUCGGCAGAGCCUAAAGACAGCUUCUGCGAAUGCUACGCCAAUUUCAGCCAAAAGCAUCAAACCUGUGAGGCGUAGGUCUGCUCCUGCUCGCGUGUCUGCCCCUAUUUCACGAACUCCUAAAGCGAGAACGCCUCAACAGAGGCCCCGUCCACCACCCAAGGCAAAAAGGCCCCGGGCCCCACCUCCUAAAACGGGUGAUUCACCCAUUAAACGACGACCCACUGUAACUCCAGGAGUGACGGGUUUGCGCAACCUUGGCAAUACUUGCUACAUGAACUCGAUAUUGCAGGUUCUGAGUCACUUGCAUGUUUUCCGGGAGUGUUUUCUGAGGCUGGAUCUGAACCAAGCACUGGAGCUGCUAGCCUCUGCGGUCAGCCACAAGUUAGGACUCUCUACUCAGCGUGUGACCCAGCCCAAAGGCUUCAACCAGGGGUCAGGGCUCAGCGGAGGGGCCUCCCGUUCGCGCAACAUGGAGCUCAUACAACCCAAGGAGCCCAGCUCCAAACACAUCUCGCUUUGUCACGAGUUACACACAUUGUUCCAGGUGAUGUGGUCAGGCAAGUGGGCGCUGGUGUCUCCGUUUGCAAUGCUGCACUCCGUGUGGCAGCUGAUCCCGGCGUUCCGGGGUUAUGCGCAGCAGGAUGCGCAGGAAUUUCUUUGCGAACUCUUAGAUAAAGUACAGCAUGAGCUGGAAGGGACCAGAACGCUAACACCUGCCACUGUUCCGGCUAAUCAGAGACACCUUAUCAAACAGGUGCUCAGCGUGGUCAACACAAUCUUUCACGGCCAGCUCCUCAGUCAGGUGAGGUGUUUAGCCUGUGAUCAUCGCUCAAACACAAUAGAGCCCUUCUGGGAUCUUUCUUUGGAAUUUCCGGAACGUUACCACUGCAACAGUAAGGAUACCGCACCAGUUCCAUGUGGGUUGACCGAGAUGCUGGCCAAGUUUACAGAAACCGAGGCUUUGGAGGGAGCGAUAUAUGCUUGCGACCACUGCAACAGCAAACAACGGCGAUUCUGUUCAAAGCAGGUGGUCUUGACCGAAGCUCAAAAACAGCUGAUGGUUCACAAACUGCCUCAUGUUCUCAGACUGCACCUCAAACGCUUCAGGUGGUCUGGGCGGAACCACAGGGAGAAGAUUGGCGUCCACGUUCAGUUUGAGCAGGAGCUGAACAUGGAGCCGUACUGCUGCAAAGACUCCAGUAACGUCCCACACCCUCAACACUUCCUCUACCAACUCUCUGCCGUCGUCAUGCAUCAUGGGAAGGGAUUUGGCUCUGGCCACUACACUGCCUUUUGUUAUAAUACAGAAGGAGGGUUUUGGGUGCACUGUAACGACUCCAAACUGAGUGUGUGUGCCGUGGAGGAAGUGUGUAAGGCCCAGGCCUACAUUCUCUUCUACACACAGAGAAACUCUCAGGACAAAAGCAAAGCCGGUGACCUCUGACCCCUUCUAAAUACCCGGUCAACCACAAAGACUGUUUGUUUUGUACAUUGUUAAUAUAGUUUUGAGACUGUUAGCGUUUCUACUUUUCUAGUGUACAGCAAAUGUGGAGUGUAUGUUUUUGUCACGCACACUUAUGCCUUACAGUUUUACAACUGACAGAUUUUGGUAGGAGACAUUCUUGCAGUGAGUUUAGCAUUGGUUUGUGCGCGCGUGUACGAAGAGAGCGACGCAUUACUGCCACUCUCGCCCCGAUUGUUUUCCACACACCAAAGUUGAGUUGUGAAUGUGUAACGAGCCUGAAAUGUUUGUAGCGUCAGUUUGAAAGAAGGUGUAAGAAACGGAUGUUUUUGUUUUUCUUUUCAUAUCACGAGUGUUUUAAUAUCUUCAACCAGAUUUUUAAAGUGCUCUGCCAAGUCAGAUGUUGAGACUUUUAAACAAGACUCGAUUCAGGAAUCUUUCUGUCAACUUAUCAGAAUUGUAGCUUUAUACCUGGUAUUUGGGUAGACACAUUAUUUUUCCCAUUUUACAGGAAAAUGUACAAGACUUUUUCACCAGCAAAAGCCAAUGUUUUGUCCCGUCUGUGUUUGGCGUUAAAGACUGUUCUCUGUAGUUUGUUCACUUUAUUGGAUGUUGGUGUAAUUUACACACUCGCUUGGAUAUCAUACGUUUCUGCAUCUCUUUUGUUUAAAUCCAUUUUCCUCCUCUGCUUUCUAGCAGGUAUAGAUGUAAAACUAUGCAAAUUGUUACCUCAAUUCAUAAAGAAAUUUACCUCAAUAAAAGGAGAUUAUUUUUUCAUUUUUCUAAA